UCAUCCUUCCAAUCCCUCCGUUACUUCGUUCUUUUCUUGCAUCAAUCCCCUUUCGUUGCUCCCAUCAUUACAUUGAAUCUUUCUUUUCUUGGCAUUUCUAGUGUUUUUCUUGAGUCAGGGAAUUAGGGUUCCAUCAUUCUUUCAAUUCCUUGUCUGCUUCAUCGGUUUCUUGUGUCAGUCUCCUUCCCUUGCUACCAUCCUCGCAUUGAUUCUUUCUUUUCUUGAAAUUUCUAGUGAUUUUCUUGUUUCUUUAACCGGUUUUUGUUGCUGUUUCAGUCCUCUUUGAUUUUUAUUUGUUAUUCCGAUGAUUCUUGGUGUUCUUUAUGCUUCUUUGAUUCAUUUCUCUCAUGGAAUGCAAUGAGCGCAACAGCGAUCAUGGAGCGACGCGGGAAUCCCAACCCUCUAGCUUGGGCUUCGUUCACCUUCGACCCCUCGGGGAACCCGCCGGCGAUCUCAUCUGCCUGCGAUCGGACCGGGUCUACACCGUCGGCCGGGGGCGCCGCUAUUGCGAUCUUGUCCUCCUCCAACGCUGCAUCAGCAACCGUCAUUGCCAGAUAUUUCUGGAUGGAUCCGAUCGUAAACUCCGUUUGAUCGAUGGCUUCCUUUUUCCCCGUCGUUCCCAUAUCUGCGAGAUCAGGCGAGGCUUUCAACCCGGAAGGCAGUGCUCGAACGCUAGGGUUUCUCUCAAUGGCGUCUUCGUUAAUGGUCGCAGGGUCCGGCAAGGCGCGGUAGCAGAAUUGUCGGUCGGAGAUGAGAUAUUGUUUUCUUGCAGAAGUGGAUCGAGUAAUAGUUGUAGAAUUAAGCGUGGGUUUGCCGUGGAUAGGGUCUUUUUCUCUGAGGUUAAGAUUGCUCGUGUGAAUCGUUCACUCUCCACGUUGGAACACAGUCCUUUGGCCCCAAGAUCAUUCAUUCUGCAGAGCCAGCUGAAAAGUAUACUUGCCAGCUCCGAUCCAAUAUCCUACCUGAGGAAUUUUCUUGAUUUGCAACAAGAAAAACAUGUAACACUUCCAUUGGCCUUGGAAAUUGGAUCCCCUGCUUCUCCGGACUCUAAGGGAUGCUGUAAGACAGAUGGUUUGCGGAUUAAUGUUGCACAAAAGGUGGUCAGUUCGAAUGUUCUGAGUGAUGAGCACAGUAAGUCCUCGGUAAAUGCAGUUGAAAUCAUGGAAGUCGAUAAUUGUGAACUCCAUCCAGAUGAUGAUGGGGUAGUCAGUUAUUCAGAUGGCAGCACAUUCUUUCUGAACCGUCUCAAGCCCACUGGUCCUGGCACAUCUGUUCACUGUGAUGGAGUCACUCUGCCUGAGCUGUUUCAUCCAGUGAAAACACUGCUUCGAGUUUUUAUUGCAACAUUUACAUGUGAUGUUUCUUGGUUUUUGUCAUGUUGUCGAUUACCAAACCACCUGCCAAUAACAAUUGCAUGCCAUGACAGUGUAAGAUGUUGGAGUGCUUGCCAUGAUAGUAGGACUUCUGCACCAUAUAUUAGUUAUCCAAACCUAUUGUUGGUUUAUCCCCCUUUUCCAGAUGUAAUAGCCUUUGGAAAAGAUCGAAAGAAAAAAGGUGUUGCAUGUCAUCAUCCGAAGCUUAUUGUCCUGCAGAGGGAUGAAAGUCUUCGAGUUAUAGUUACUUCAGCAAAUCUAGUUCCAAAACAGUGGGACUAUGUGACGAACACUGUUUGGUGGCAAGAUUUUCCUUGUAGAAGUACUCUAGAUUAUUCAGCUUUUUUUGGAUCAAUUGAAGAUUUAAAAUCUGACUUUGCUGCUCAGUUAGCUGGGUUUGUGGCAUCACUUAUUGUUGAUGUGCCCAGCCAAGCGCACUGGGUCAAUGAGUUCGCUAAGUAUAACUUUGGACAAGCUGCUUGCCACCUUGUUGCUUCAUUGCCUGGAGUCCAUACACAGAGCUCUUAUUAUCUUGCGGCUGAUUAUUGCUUAUCGCCUUUGUUGCAGGCUAAACAGAUCAUGCAAUGUAAGACUUCUGGGCAUUUUUUUGGUUCAGUUCAAGCGACUGUAGUUGGUUUAAGCCAUCGAUUUCAUGCUUCCCCUGACCCAAAUGGUGGUCAAUUAAAAGUUUUAGCUUCACUUUUAGGAAAGUGUCGAGAGAACACUAGUGGAAUGGUAGAAGUUCUCCUGAAAAGAGCUACAAACAUACCAGCAGAUACUAACGCAGUGAGUGUGGUUGUUACUGCAGAUCUGGAUAAAUUUUCUGUAGGAGAUUCUGUGCAACUUGGUUUUCUGCCUAGAGAUGUUGCAAAAUGGUUGUCUCCUCUCAGUGACAUUGGGUUUUUUAGUUUUUCGGCCUUCAUCUAUGCAAAGGAAGCCCUUGCAGCUGCAUUUGGUGGAAGCAGCACUAGAGUACAGUUGUUAGUUUCUGUCUCAAAGGGGCCAACAUUUUCUGAAAUACCAAGAUUGAUCUGUCCUGAGCAUUAUGUGUCUUUGUGCUCACUUGUUGCUUCUGUGCAGAGGUGUCUUGGACUUUGGCGUUUAAGAGAGGUCUUGUCGCGAUACAAGUGGCCUGAAUCACUAGAGGUUGAUUUUGUGUAUGGUUCAUCCUCAAUUGGAACUUCAGUCAAUUUGCAAUUUUUUUCUGCUUUCUCAGCUGCAGCUGGGAAAAAGUCGUGUCAGUAUCCUGAUUCUAACGAGUCUGACCCAGCGUGGGGUUGCUGGACUUCUGCUGAUGAGCUAAAUAGACCAUCAAUUAAGAUCUUAUUCCCCACCAUUGAAAGAGUGAAAAAUGGACGGCGUGGCAUUUGGGAUUCUAGGCACUUACUUUCACUGUCAGAGAGAACCUGGCAAAGGUUGACAACUGCUGGUAUAUUUCAUGAUGCCAUUCCUUAUCCAUGUGAAAGGCUAGGAUACCCAAUGCAUGUCAAGGUAGCUCAGAGACGUUUCCAAUCUGGAAAUGGUAUGUUCUCAUUUGGUUGGAUAUAUAUUGGGUCACACAAUUUCAGUCCUGCUGCUUGGGGAAACACAUUGCUUUCAUCGUCAGAAUCAAAGGCUCCAAAACUGCAUAUUUGUAACUAUGAGCUUGGUGUCGUCUUGAUUGUGCCCCCGCCAGAUCUUUCGGAUGCAGAUGGUAGAAACAGAUUUAAUCUUGAUGAUUUCGUUCUGCCAUUUGUCAUGCCUGCACCAGAGUACCAAGAUGGUGAUAGACCAGCUACAGCACAGGCCAUGCGAGAGGCCUGUGUUGAAGUCACUUCAUCAAAGGUAUUCUUGUCAGAAGAUGCAACGGAAGAACUGAACGACGAUAUCCUAGAUGAAGAAGUAACUUUUGAGGAAUCCGACUUUUCCAUCCAGGAGAGUGAAGAAGAGAAAAUUUAUGCUGAGAUGCUUUGGGGUCAAGUGGACUCUGCUGGAAUCUCUUUGUGAAGUAAUGCAGUUUCUAAAUGUAGAAAUCUGUGCAACUUAUUCUGAUAUACAUAGACAAAAAAACACACA